GAGAGGAGGGGGGUGGGCGGUCUCCAUCUGGCCCUCACCUCGUCCCGUCGCUUCCGCUGGCUGGAGUUGCGACCGCUCUUGCCGGGUCCAGGCUCGGUGACUCCGGGGGAGGGGAGGGGGCGUCUCGGGACGUUGGGCGCGUGCUGCGGACAGCCCCAGAGCCCGCCGCUCGCGCCUGACGCUUCAAGGUAAAAGCGAGCCUGGAGCCCACCCUAGGGUCCCUUAAUACCCGGUUGGGAAGAGGAGGUUAUCUGUCAGGCGAGCACCCAGUCGCUGUAAACCACAGACACCGUCCUUAUGUGGUUUACAUAAGGCUUGGGGGAGAAUGAACUAGUUGCCAACGUUAAAACUGAAAAAAAACGUUAAUUUUAAAAGAAACAAGGCUUCACCACGUGUGUAGAAAAAACACCUGGCGGUACUGGACCCAGAAUCCUGUGUGAUGUCAGCCACCUAGAACUGCCCGCUUCAGUGCUGGGGAUAGAACCCAGGACAUCAUAUGUGUAAGCCCUUGUCUCUACAUUGAAAUGACUGAAGUCCACAGGCUUGGCCACCCGGGACAUCCCACUGAUACGCUGAGAGCUACACUUCUUCCCAGGCUGCUGUGACAACUUGGUGGCCCCACCAUGUCCAAGCCCCAGACUGAGGAGCAGGCAGUAGAUUCUGAGGGAGACUCAUCCCUGCACAGGAGAGACGAGGAAGGGACCCAGAGCUCCCACCGCAUGCUGGGCUUCAGUGAUGCACUGCUAUCCAUCAUUGCCACUGUCAUGAUCCUGCCUGUGACCCACACAGAGAUCUCACCAGAACAGCAGUUUGACAAAAGUAUACAGAAACUUCUAGCAACUAGGAUUGCUGUCUACCUGAUGACAUUUCUAAUCGUAACCGUGGCGUGGGCAGCACAUACCAGAUUGUUCCAGGUUGUUGGGAAAAUAGAUGAUACACUUGCCUUGCUCAACCUGGCCUGUAUGAUGACCAUCACCCUUCUGCCCUACACAUUUUCUCUAAUGGUGACGUUCCCUGAUGUGCCCUUGGGUAUCUUCCUGUUCUGCGUGUGUGUGAUUGCCAUUGGAUCUGUGCAGGCGCUGAUUGUGGGGUAUGCUUUCCACUUCCCACACCUGCUAAAUCCACAGAUCCAGUGCUCUCCACACAGGGCCCAGUCCCGGCGGCACAUCCUGCGCCUCGUCCUCCGUGGCCCAGCGCUCUGUUUUGUCGCAGCUGUCUUUUCCCUCUUCUUCUUCCCCUUGUCAUAUGUGCUGAUGGUGACUGUCAUCUUCCUCCCUCAUAUCAGCAAGGCUACCACCUGGUGCAAAGACAAGCUCAUGGGCCACAGGGAGUCUCCAGCUCACAGUGUGGAGCCCUUCAGUAUUGAUCUGCAUGCACCUCUCAGCAAAGAACGGGUGGAAGCUUUCAGCGACGGUGUCUAUGCCAUCGUGGCCACACUCCUCAUCCUGGACAUCUGUGAGGACAAUGUUCCGGAUCCCAAGGAUGUUCAAGAGAAAUUCAGUGGCAGCCUCGUGGCUGCCCUGGGUGCAUAUGGGCCACAAUUCCUGGCAUACUUCGGCUCCUUCGCCACAGUGGGUCUGCUCUGGUUUGCCCACCAUUCUCUCUUCCUGCAUGUCCGGAAGGCUACACAGACCAUGGGGUUACUCAACGUACUGUCACUGGCCUUUGUGGGUGGCCUCCCACUGGCCUACCAGCAGACCUCAGCUUUUGCCCGACAACCCCGUGAUGAACUUGAGCGUGUGCGUGUCAGCUGCGCCAUCAUCUUCUUUGCCAGCAUCUUCCAGUUUGCCAUCUGGACUGCAGCCCUGCUGCGCCAAACAGAAACACUGCAGCCAGCUGUGCGAUUUGGUGGGCAGGAGCAUGCUUUCAUGUUUGCCAAGCUUGCACUGUACCCCUGUGCGAGCCUGCUGGCCUUUGCUGCCACCUGCCUGCUGAGCCGGUUCAGCACAGCCAUCUUCCACCUCAUGCAGAUCGCAGUGCCCUUUGCCUUCCUGCUGCUCCGUCUCCUUGUGCGCCUCACCCUGGCAGGCCUUCAAGUCCUGUGGGACCUCCGGCCAGAGCACCCUCAGCCAGGCCAGGGUGAACCCGAGGCACAGUCUCAGCUCUUGCCUGCCCCCUGCUAAUGCCAAGGAAGCCACAUGUGCCCAUUCCAGGCACAAUGUAAGGGGUCCUAUGGGGAUGGCUUGGUAGAAGUGUUGUGACCCGGGGCUAUGGUUUUAUUGACCUGAGUAUUAUGUACAUUGUCAAAUAUCGAGAUCUAUUUCAAGAGUA